AUGCAGCUGGAGCUCCAGACCUUCUUCAUACUGCUUUUCGUGCUGCUGUGCCUGCUGGGCAUCGGGGCCAACGGCUUCAUCGUGCUGGCGCUGGGUGGCGAGUGGCGGCGGCGCGGCCGGCUGCUGCCCCCCGACCUGGUGCUGCUCAGCCUAGGCGCGGCACGCUUCUGCCUGCAGUGGGUGGGCCUGGUUAACAACUUCUACUACGCGAAGGACCUGGUGCAGUACUCACGAGGGCUGGCGCGCCAGCUCUUUGGCCUGCACUGGAACUUCCUCAACACGGCCACCUUCUGGCUGGGCGCCUGGCUGAGCGCGCUCUUCUGCACCAAGAUCGCCAGCGUCAGGCACCCCGCCUUCCUCUGGCUCAAGUGGAGGCUGCCGGCCUUGGUGCCCUGGCUGCUGCUCAGCUCCCUGGCCAUGUCCACUGUGGCCACCCUGCUCUUCUUCUGGGGAAACCACCUCAUGUAUCAGGGAUUCUUGAUCCGGGGCUUCAUGGGGAACAAGACCUACAAGGAGUGGAGCCACAGGCUGGAGAUCCACUAUUUCCUGCCCCUGAAGCUGGUGACGCUUUCGGUGCCCUGCUCGCUGUUCCUGGCCUCCAUGGCACUGCUGAUCUGCUCGCUGCGCAGACACGCACUCAGGAUGCAGCCGCACUCGCCUGGCCUGCAGGACCCGCGCGCGCUGGCUCACAUUCGCGCCCUCAGGUUUCUCAUCUCCUUCCUUGCCCUCUAUGCGCUGUCCUUUGUGUCCCUCAUCGUCGACGCCGCAGGCUUCAUCUCCUCUGAGAGCGACUGGUACUGGCCGUGGCAGAUCCUUCUCUACCUGUGCACCUCGGUCCACCCGUUUAUCCUCAUCCUUGGCAACCUCAAGCUCCGAGGUGUGUGUAGGCAACUGCUGCUGCUGGCCCGGGGCUUCUGGGUGGCCUAG